GGAUUCCAGCUCACCACGUGACGUCAGCAGAGUAAAGAUGGCGGACGGUGGGAUGGAGGCUAACGUUAGCUUCGGGCGCUGCUGAAGUUCCGGGACUUUCGGAGUUUCAGAGUUAUUCUGAACUUUGCGGUGAACAUCGACAGUAAUAUUCCACACGUGGGGAACCCCCGCGUCACCGCGGCCGGAGUUUCCUGUUGAGUUUGUCCCGCAAAGGCCUCACUCAUCCGGGCAUUAGCCCGCAGUGUUAGCACGUUAGCACCGGAGCCUGCUUUUGUUUUUGUUCGCGCUGAGCUUCAGAUCUGUUCCUCUCUUUGUUUCACUCGUUUCUUUAACCAACACGUGUUUGGUUUUAACCGGACCGAGCUUCUGAUCACUUCACCUCCACAGGGUCGGAUGUUUCUCAGCCCUGUUUUUCGUUAGAGGCUAACUCUGCUAACGAGCCACAUUUAUUUAAAAAAAACACCACAGACUUUUUUUUUUUUUUUUUUAGCUUCGGGUCUGUUUAUGAACUUUACUUCCGGGGAAACAUGGAUCCAGCCCGCAAACCUCCAGCAACAUGCGGCAGCGGAAGCAGCGGCGACUCCAGCCCCGCGUCGCCGUCCGGCAGCUCCGCGACGCCCGGGGGCAACGUGUUCGCUAACGACGGCAGCUUCAUGGAGAUGUUCAAGAAGAAGAUGGAGGAGGAGGAGAGGAGGAAAAAAGAGACGCAGCAGCAGCAGCAGCAGCAAACAGCUGGAGACGCCAGAGCCUCAGAACAUGGACAGACACCAGUGGACAAGAAGCCCCCUCCAGUGACGAGCUUUGUGGGGAAGCGCAGAGGCGGCGUGUUCCUUAAGACCGGCAUGGUUGUGAAGAAGCAGAAACAGGACUCGGAGGUUGUGCCGGGAAAGAGUGACGCCUGGUCAAAGUACAUGGCCGAGGUGAAAAAGUACAAAGCCCACCAGUGCUGCGACGACGAUAAAACCAGGCCUUUGGUCAAGUAGGCUCCACGGAGGUGGAUGUGAAGCGACACUGCUGAGAGAGGGGGGGGGGGAGGACAUCGCCUGGGAGAAGCCGGACACUCCCGACCCUCUCGUAUUGACAGUUCAAGUGACCCUUCCCAUCACGUCUUUCACAAACUGCUCAUACUGACUCCCCCUUUUUUUUUUGUAUAUCGUUUUUGUGUCGCUUAUUUGUUCGAUGUCGGUGAUUUGAUCUGGUGUCAAAAGGUGCUUCGAAAACUUGAACUCUCGUGAUUAUUUCUUCAAUCUUUUCCAAUUUCUUGUUAGGUUUCGUUAGUGAUUUGAUUUUAUGCCAAAUCGAUUAAAUUCACAUUGCCUAUU